GCCAUCAACCACAUGUGUGUUACGUUCUACGUAAGCAAGUUGCUGCAAUCGAAAGAUAACCGAGAAAGUCCUCUUAAAUUUCUUCGUUUCAUAACGUUCGACUCGCAGAAAUGUGAGAUCUAAAUAUUUUCUCGACAAGUCGGUCGAAUCACUCUACAUUAAUUAUGUAAUAGAACGUCAAGUGAAAUUACUGGGUCGAAAAGAAGAGGAUUUGUUUUUAAGCUCGACAAUAUGUAGGCCACGCUUUCGUAAUUUUGUCACAACGACAUGCUAGUUGUGCGAUCAGACGGCCGGAUAAAAACUGACAGCCGACGUUUCUAACUGACGCGUAUGUUUUUCUCGGUAGCAAUCUCUCGCGAAUCUGUCGUCAUCACGUUCACCACAUUUACGUUCUUGAACUUGCACAACUUGACUUGAUCGCACGUACGGCGAUCAGUCACGAUUUAUCAACGGAGAGCGGUACGAGUGCGCCGAACCGCGUGAAGAUUCGAAACGGAGAGCCGUCCGCUGCUACCCACGCGUUUCAAUUGAUUGAUUAUUUUCUAAUCGUCGUAUCGCGGCUAAUGCGAGUGCUAACAGGCAGACGUCUUUUACACGUGUUAAGCUCUGUGAAAUGUGUUCCAACAGAUGUAUUUAUUAGCGCGAUUCCCACAUCAAAUAUUGUUGUAAAUUGUGUAGAGAAAAAUUCACUUGUUCGUCACUAUAAAAAUUUCAAGUAUCACCUCGACGUAUGCGGUUCGUCUUUAUCUGAAACGAAUUGUAUUUAAGUCCGUGAAUUUCAUGGAUGCGAUAAUAUCUCGAAGGCAAGCCGUGCAUAAGAAACGAGUCGGAUCGAAGUUGAAGGCCGACGUCUUUUGCAGCAGUUUGUAGUGAGUAGCCUCUUAGCUUCGUGGAAAGAAUUGAAACGAUUGAGGAGGCACAGAGGAAUGUCAACGUCCUGAAGAGGCGGAUAGAUUUUACUUACUAACGAGGUUUCCCGCAUAACACGAACGAAGAUGAAGCUACUCACAGUCGUUCUCGCUCUCUUCUCUUGGUCGACGAUCGUCUAUUGCGUUUCAACCGGCAGAUUUUGCGAUUCGGAAAGCGGCGACGACUUUCAACGCGCGCACAUCGGCCUGAUUAUCUCGCCCAUAAUGUCCAUUAAAAUGAUACGAGAGAUCGAGAUUUAUUGGAACCACGCCAAGUAUCGACCGGGCGAUACGAUAGCUCUUUACACGAGCGAACCCGCAAACGGCCUCGAGCCAAUUUAUACCCUGGUACCAAACGCGCCGAGUGGUAUAAAGAGGACCGGACUGCAGGCCACGUUCGUUCCCACUUCGAAUCUCACGUUCGUUCGACAAUGCCUACAGUAUCACGUCGCCUGGCUGAGAAACGGCACGAUAAGACUGACAAAUUGUCUGCAAACGCAGCCUCACUGGAUGACGGAGAGGAAGGAAAUCCUGGGAUCACUGCCGAUGAGCCGAGUAUUCCUGCCCGGCACACACGAUUCCGCGUCGUACGCGAUACACAGACGAGCGAAUCUUGAGAACUUCGUCGAGAGAUUCGUGAUCACUCAGGAUGUGGACGUACUCGCGCAAUUGAUCUACGGGGUUCGUUAUCUGGACAUCAGAGUCGGGCAUUAUCCCAACACCGACUCGGUAUGGUGGGCGAAUCACGGUGUGUACAGGUCUGUUCCCAUGCAAAAUGUGGUGAAUCAGGUGAAAACCUUCCUCGACAACACGAACGAGGUCGUGAUAUUCGACAUCCAGGAAUUUCCCGUCGGCUUCGGAAAAAAUCUGGGAGUGCAUCACGACUUCAUUGGAUUUCUCGAAGAACAAUUCGCCGGCUACUACCUGCCGAAAAGUUAUCACGGGUGGACCAGCACGCUGAAUGCGAUCUGGUCGUCUGGGAAAAGACUUAUAAUCGGUUACGACGAGAAGCGGGUCGUCAGUCGCUAUGAAAGCGUGUGGCCCUGCGUGACGCAUCAAUGGGGAAAUGUCAGGACCAUCGAAGACUUGUUCAACUACCUGAAUCGUAUUGAAACAGAAAGUCUCGGGUAUCCUAGAUCAAUACCGAGAUCAGCGAUGGCAGAGCUGACGCCCAACACGUGGGACGUAAUCUUAAACAGACUCGGAGGCAUCCGCCAAAUGGCGGAGACGGUUAAUUUUAACGUUACGAAUUGGUACAACAGCAAGUGGCAACAUACCGCCAAUAUCGUCGCCGUCGACUUCGUCCGAUCGUCCGGCAUCAUCGAGACCGCGAUCGAAUGGAACGAAAGACGGAACUCACGUUGCUAAAGCCUUUCCCUAUUCACGCAAGAAUUAAAGAAACACACCGAGCAAAGUUCGUUAAUGCACUCGAAAUGAUUUUAGUAUGCCGAACAAAUUUUAUGGAAAUAGUACUUAAUAAUUUAUUAUCUCGGUUCUUUUAUGUGAAUAUUAACAAAUUUUAUACGCAAG